AUUUUUCAACAAAGAAAAUGUUGGUUUGUUCUUCAAGUUGUUUCACUGAAGAACAAACCAACAUUUUCUUUGUUGAAAAAUGAGCAAAGUGGCUGCAAAGGUGGCAGGAGGAACAGGGGGCUGUCUUCUCCCUCAAAGAGAUUAUUACCUUAAAUUUUGGGUUGAUCUGACUCUGGACCCUGACACUGCCAACUCCGACCUCACGGUGUCUCUGGACAAGAAAGUUGUGGAGCGGGGCGAUGUUAACCAAGUCAAAACUGACAACCCCAAAAGAUUCCUUAAUGUCCCUGAGCUGCUGUGUGAACAGCCUCUGACUGGGAAGAAGUACUGGGAGAUAGAGUGGGAUGGGCUUCAGGGGGUUGGAAUAGCAGUGUCUUAUCAAAUAAUCCCGAGGAAAACUACAGGUAAUGAGUGUAGAUUUGGCCGUAACACUUACUCCUGGAGUCUAGAAGGUAUUGUGGAGCGUGCAUUCAUGCACAAUAAUAUCUGCAAUGACAAGGUGAAGUCCCCCAUCUCCUCCCACCGCAACAGAGUGGGAGUGUUUCUAGACAAGGAUCAAGGCAUCCUGCAGUACUUUGCCAUCAGCCCUGAUCUGGAGGAUAUGGUCCUCCUGUAUGAGGCACCACAAUCUGAGAAGAAAUUCACAGAGGCUCUUUAUGCAGGGUUUUGGGUAGUUGAUCACACUAGGGUGACCCUAUGCCCCAAACAGCCGGGUCCCAGGGCUUAAAAUUAAGGGUCACUGCAUGUUUGUCAGUUCUAUGCUGUCAGCAGAUGCUCUUUCAUACUUGUUGUCUGGUGAAAGUAACAUGUAUUAACUUCUUUAAAAUUGAGAGUAAAAACUUUUUUAUUGCUGUAAUUCUCUGUGAAAAAGAAUCUGAAUGCCUGUGUUCAA